ACGAGGAAAGUUUCAGCGCUUUAGCGCCGCCUGUGGCUGUGGAGAGUGGUGCAGUGGUGAUGUCAUAGUUAGCUGCGAGGCCAACCCUCGAAAGUCAGAAAUCGAAAGUCAGAAGUGCGCCGUUAGAAAGAGAGAAAGCGGAGUGAAUAAGAUCUCGAGUACUGAUGGUGGUGUUGUGUCUCCUCAGCCAUGCAGUCCUGCAGCGUUCACCACUGUGUCCUGCUCUUACUCACCCUCACAUUCACCACUGCUCCUGUAGCAGCUGCGGUCUGUCGUGUCCAGGCGAAACUUCAUCAGCGUGUGACUCUCCCAUGUGAACAUGAAUGUCCUGGUGAGGCCAAAUGGACCGUACAACGCAAUCGAGAUGUUGUCUUCGCUCGGUGUGAUCAGACAUCAUGCAGCUCAGUGGUGAAGGGAUAUGAAAUGUCUCAUGAUCAGUACCUGAAGGGAGAUCUCUCUCUCACCAUCACUGCAGCUGAAUUCAGUAUGAGGGACACGUACGCGUGUGAGUGUCGCAGCAUAGACUACGCUGUUUGGCGUCUCAGAAUUGAUACCGUGUUCUCAGCAGUUCAGAAGAACCCUGGUGAAGAUCUGAUCCUGGAUCUGACCGUACCAGAGCCAGUGGAGGUGAUUUAUACAAGCAGUGAUUCAGCUGAUGGUGAACGGAUCUGCACUGUGACUCAACACUCACUACAGUGUAAAGCUGAAUACACACACAGAGCAUCACUCAGAUACCCAGAGCUCACACUGAGAGACGUGACGCACAGUGAUAGUGGACUUUACACCAUCCGGGACACGGAGAAUAAAGAAGACAUCCGUGUGUACGCCGUCGCUGUGACAGCUCCUGUAGCAGAUGCGGUCCUUCCUGUCCAGGCGAAGCUUCAUCAGCGUGUGACUCUCCCAGCUCCUGUAGCAGUUGCUGACUGUCGUGUCCAGGCGAAGCUUCAUCAGCGUGUGACUCUCCCAUGUGAACAUGAAUGUUCUGGUGAGGCCAUGUGGACCUUGCAAAGUACUCGAUCUGUCUUCGCUCGGUGUGAUGAGACAUCAUGCAGCUCAGUGGUGAAGGGAUAUGAAAUGUCUCAUGAUCAGUACCUGAAGGGAGAUCUCUCUCUCACCAUCACUGCAGCUGAAUACAGUAUGAGGAACACGUACGUGUGUGAGUGUCGCAGCAUAGACUACGCUGUUUGGCGUCUCAGAAUUGAUACCGUGAUCUCAGCAGUUCAGAAGAACCCUGGUGAAGAUCUGAUCCUGGAUCUGUCCGUACCAGAGCCAGUGGAGGUGAUUUAUACAAGCAGUGAUUCAGCUGAUGGUGAACGGAUCUGUAACGUGACUCAACGCUCACUACAGUGUAAAGCUGAAUACACACACAGAGCAUCACUCAGAUACCCAGAGCUCACACUGAGAGACGUGACGCACAGUGAUAGUGGACUUUACACCAUCCGGGACACGGAGAAUAAUGAAGACAUCCGUGUGUACGCCGUCGCUGUGACAGCUCCUGUAGCAGAUGCGGUCCUUCCUGUCCAGGCGAAGCUUCAUCAGCGUGUGACUCUCCCAGCUCCUGUAGCAGUUGCUGACUGUCGUGUCCAGGCGAAGCUUCAUCAGCGUGUGACUCUCCCAUGUGAACAUGAAUGUUCUGGUGAGGCCAUGUGGACCUUGAAAAGUACUCGAUCUGUCUUCGCUCGGUGUGAUCAGACAUCAUGCAGCUCAGUGGUGAAGGGAUAUGAAAUGUCUCAUGAUCAGUACCUGAAGGGAGAUCUCUCUCUCACCAUCACUGCAGCUGAAUUCAGUAUGAGGGACACGUACGUGUGUGAGUGUCACAGCAACGAUUACGCUGUUUGGCGUCUCAGAAUUGAUACCGUGAUCUCAGCAGUUCAGAAGAACCCUGGUGAAGAUCUGAUCCUGGAUCUGACCGUACCAGAGCCAGUGGAGGUGAUUUAUACAAGCAGUGAUUCAGCUGAUGGUGAACGGAUCUGCACUGUGACUCAACACUCACUACAGUGUAAAGCUGAAUACACACACAGAGCAUCACUCAGAUACCCAGAGCUCACACUGAGAGACGUGACGCACAGUGAUAGUGGACUUUACACCAUCCGGGACACGGAGAAUAAUGAAGACAUCCGUGUGUACGCCGUCGCUGUGACAGGAUGUAAGUGUAUCUCUUCUCCAGUUGCUGGAGGAGAUGGUGAAGUGCUUUGAAUCGUCUAUGCUGCUGGUCCUUGUGUAUACCCAUCUGGAAUCACAGCUGAAGAAUAUAGCAACCUGGUCCAAGAAGAAGAGAAAUAAUGUAGACAUCUUCAAGGAGAAGCACAGUGAUAGCACAUAUUACGUUAUAUAAACUGACUAACCAGCUGUAGAAUCAUAUCUUUAUAAUCUUUCAGCAUUAUAUUACUGUGUAGGACACUAACACACCUGUAUUGUGUAGGAAAUAAGGGGUGUGUGUGUGUGUGUGUGUGUGUGUGUGUUGGAGCACUUCCUCUUCUGUGCAGCAUGAAUGUGAUCACAGUUGAGACGUGAUGUUUGAGCAGUAAUUAGAGAAGAAGAAUUCUUCAGGCUUGUGUGUGAACAAUAUCCAACAUCAUUCUUUAUUAUUUUUUCAUAUUUCGUGUGUAAUCCGAGGUCACAAGGGAGAAGUCAGACCUCAGCACCCCACCCUCGCUUGGAGCAGAGUGGGGGCCAUAUUGCAGUAGUAGUAGUAGUAGUAGUACACGUAAGGAGCCAUUGUAGAGAUAGUGAGAAGGUGCUGAAGUGCCACAUGGACAAUAGUCUAAUCUGGUUUAGCAGCAUAGCAAUAAAACUGACUCCUCCGCUGUGGCCAGUAAGUGAAGAGUGUUUAGUUGGAAGGAAAUCCAUCAGAAUUCCUUCUGUAAACAUUUACACUUUGUGUAGGAGCUCGACAAUUGAAGGUUGGAGCACGGUGGUACAAGUUCUCACUCAAAACUCCACCAGAAGUUCCUCUCUUCUUCUCCCCAAUAAAAAUCAGCAUGUAUCUGUGGAAUGUUUUAUUCUAACACUCGCUUUAUUUCUGUACAGCUGCUUUGUGAUCACCUCCAUCAUUAAAAGCUCUAUACAAAUCA